AUGGAGGAGGAGCCUGCUGGAAGAGACUCUCGUAUAAUACCAACCAGCAAAAAAAAUCUGCUAGCUCAGACACUGCUGCAAUGGAGCAAGGCAGGAGUAGUACCACAUGGAGCUAUUCAAAAGGCAGCAACACAGUUUGGUGUUAGCAGGAAGACAGCCCAGAGAAUUUGGGCAGAAGCAAAACUCCAAAUUCAGAGUGGAGUACCUGUCAACAUAAGAGGCAGAGUUAAGGGAUAUGAGCACAAAGACAAAUUCCAGCUUGAUGCUGCAAAGGUAAGAGAGCUGUCAGUUCUUGAGAGAUCUAACAUUCGUAAGCUUGCUUAUAAACUUGAUGUAAGCAAGAGCACAGUUGCCAAUGGUAUGCUAAAAUAUCACCCAAUGCACAAUGUGGUGCACAUAGAUGAAAAAUGGUUUUACAUGACUAAGACUUCAGAAAGGCCACAUUUUGCAGAAAAUGGAGAAGUCAUUUUUGAUGGAAAAAUAGGCAUAUUUCCAUUCACAACUAUGGAGCCAGCAAAGAGGAAGUCCAAGAACAGACCAAGAGGCACUAUGGAGACAAAGCCAAUUCAAUCAGUUAACAAGGAAGUAAUGAGAGCAUGCCUAAUUGAGAAGAUCAUACCAGCAAUCAAGGCAAAAUGGCCACAUAAUGUGAGCAAGGAGAUUUUCAUACAACAAGACAAUGCCAAGCCUCAUAUACACCACAAUGAUGCUGACUUUCUAGCAGUAGCAUCCACAGAUGGGUUCAAGUUUCACAUCAGGUGCCAACCUCCACAAUCCCCAGAUUGCAAUGUGUUGGAUUUGGGAUAUUUUAGAGCAAUCCAAUCUCUACAAGAUGAUAAGGUGGCUAAGGGAGUGGAUGAGUUGUUGAGGAAUGUGCAUAGCUCCUUUGAUGAACUUAGCCCAUACACACUCAAUAAAGUUUUCCUUACUCUACAAGGUUGUCUAACUGAGAUUCUUAAGGUGCAAGGGUGCAAUGGAUACAAGACCCCACACAUGAAUAAAGAGAGGCUAACAAGGAUGAGGACACUGCCACAAGCUUUAGAGGUUGAAGAAGGAGUUGUUAAGGCUGCUGUGGCAUACCUCCAACUGCCAGAGCAUGAUGUGAGUACAAAUUAUGACAUCUCAGGUGUCACAGCAGCUGUGGGCUUCUAG